CACAACUUCAAGGCAAAUUGAUUGAGGAGGCGUUGGUUGGGUGUUGUUGUCCUCUGAAGAAGCACCCACAACAACAACAACCAGUUCUUGCUUGUCUUUCUUGUUCUUCAUCAGGUCUUCCCUCCCGCUCCCUCUUUCCCUCUCUCUGUUUGCUGGAUUGCCGGCACGGUGCUGGCUAUGUGGAGGAGAGGCAAGCGCCGGGAUCCAGCUGGCCCAUGUCAUAUCAAUUGGUGCGACAACCCGCUGUUGUCUGAAGAGGAUGAGAGUGAAGAUGGCGAAACUGUCAAGCAAAGUGAUUGCGACGCGCGCAUGCGUCCUGCAGAGGAAGGCAAGGCAACAGUGGAACGGUUCAACGACCCGCAGCAGCAUGCCGCAGUAGAGCAGGCAAAGGGUGAUGCUGUUGUGAACAUGGGUUGCCGGCCACUCCCACUGCCUCCUGGCGUCAGCGCCAGCAUGAGUGGGGAGGUUGCGAUGCCAUCAUCGCCGACCGCUUCCUCCUUCUCCUCUGCACCACACAUCAAUCGCACACGUCACAACCCUGGUUUCACGGCACACUAUCCCGCCAGGUGA